GACAGGUUAUGAGCAGUGCGCGCCGAGGAUGUCAAGAUGGCUGCCACGUACAUCUGAUCGGAGGUGUGUGCGCUCGCGAAAUUUGACGCCAAACUGUGAUAAAAGGGGCUGUCUUUUUUGAGUUCCUGACAUGGUGACAGUGCGGUAUUAGUCGGUUUGUAUCCAUGAGCACUACUUUGUACACCCUCGAUGAUAAUUUUUGUCGUCGCGGCCGCCGGCGGCUCGCAUUGAACCAUGUUCAGCAAAAAACUUCAUGUAGACGUCAAAAAGUCAACAUUGAAGAUUCAGGAUGUUAAAAAGGAUAGUGCAACCCGAUUCAAACAUCUUAAAAUCGUAUUAGAAAAUGUGGACACUGAUGAAGCAAAGGGGUUUUUUGAAGGCAACUUCAGUCAUGUCUAUUUUAUUUUGUAUGAUUGUUUUGUAUCAGCUGAAACAAAUUUACGACAACGAGAACUUUCCUUCCAUAUUGUUCAUAAAGCACAUAGGGAGGAAUUGGAACAGGUAUUGCAGCUCUUAGAAAAAGUUUUAACACUUCUUCCUGAGCUUCUUAAUCGAAGAUGGCAAUGUCAUAGUUUAGCAAGAAUUUUGCAAAAACUUUUACAUCCUGGUAAUAGUUGGAAACUUCGAAGAGAAGCUAUAAGAUACUUUAUUUUGUGGUAUCAAGCUCUUGGAGAAAAUGCUCCUGAUCAUAUUCAUCAAAUGUUUGCAAGCUUGAUACCAGGGUUUCCACCCCAGCAACCAUCUCCUUAUAAAUCUGAACGUAAAAUAGAUGGAAGAAAAGAUAAACUUGCAAAAAAUCUUAUUGGUUGUGAUGAUAAAGACAAGAAAGAAUUUUAUGAUACACAAUUAUCACAAAGUACUUUUCAUGACAAUGGUUCAAACCAAUGUCCUGUCACUCCAGUUGACAGUGGACCUAUUUUACCUCCACAAAGUGGAGAGAAACCUCUUGAUAAUGAGACUGUUCGAUUUUUAGAAGCAUUACUUGAAUUUAUGGUUACUCAGGUUGUAAAGAUAGAAUGGAGAGAUAAAUCUUCACGACAGCACAAGACUUUUCAAUUUUUAUUAGAACGUUUUAAAGCUACAUACCUUCGUCAUAUUUGUCCUGAGUUUGAUGAUAAUUUCUCAUUGUACAAACCGAAUUUAGAAUUGCCUACAAUGCGUAAACCAACGAAUCAAAAUCAGGAUAAUUAUAUAUUAUGUAAAGUUUCUUUGAUUAAAUGGAUCGCUAGUUUCACUCAUAUCGCUAGAAAAGAUGCUCGUGUCGCACAUCUUUCACAUAGCACAACACCAAAUGAAGAAAAUACAGAGCCAGAACUUCGUAGAGUUUCAGUUACUCAAAAUGUUGCUGAAUCAUCUUUAUUAUCACCUGAAUCAAAUGUAUCUCACCAAGAAAAUCAAAAUCAAGAAGAUAGUACUAUUUCAGCAUUUACUCUUGUUAGAGAAGUUCUAUAUGGAAAUAGAGAUAAUGUGAAUUUUGUACAUGAAUUAUAUAGGCAAGCCUUUUUGCUGGAUUUUAAUCAUGCUGGUGCUAUAAGAAAGGCUAUAGCUGUUUAUAAAGAUUGGAUUCAAAUGAAUGAAUUACCACCAUUCAUGUUAGAACCAUUGGAUAGUCAUAAAGAAAGAGAUUUAGAAGAAAAUUCAAAAAAAGAUAUAAACGAUAUCGAUAAAAGUCCUUCUGAAAGCUAUCGUCAAACAAGACUAAGAAAUGAUUCUUAUCUUGGUGCUAUACACAGAGAAAAUUUAUUUAUAAGAGCGGGAUUACAAAAUGUUUUACAAGUAUUUAUUACACAAGCUUCUAAUGUUUUUUUCUUAGAAAAUUCUAGACCAAACGCAUCUCUUACAUUACUUGAAGAACAAACAGAUAGUUGCAAAAGAGUUCUAAACGUAUAUCGAUAUGUCGUAAUGAAUUCUCGAUUAGAACCGGCUACUUGGGAACAGUUACUUAGAGUAUUAUUACAAAUAACAUCUCUUGUUUUAAACGAGAAAUCUUCUCGACGUAAAACUCAAGAAAGCAUAGGUGGAAAACUUGCUCCUGCUAUAUUUCAAACUUUAAUUGUUACAUGGAUUAAGGCCAAUUUGAACGUUAUUAUUUCCACACAAUUAUGGGAUCAGUUUUUGGAAGUAUUAACGUCUUUAACACAAUGGGAAGAAUUAAUUCGAGAAUGGGCUAAAACCUUAGAUACUUUGACAAGAGUACUUGCUAGGCACGUGUAUAACUUAGAUUUAAACGAUUUACCAUUAGAUAGAUUGAGCGAACAAAAAACUAAAAAGCGUCGUGGUGUAGGAAGUCGAGCUGCUUCCACUGGGAGUGUUCAACCACCACGUAAAGGAAGUGUCGAUCAAGAUAAUAAUACCGUAUCUAAAGAAAAUGUUUCAGAUCAUCCGAUGCGAGAUUUAAGGAAAAUACGACCUCUUCCUCGUAGUGCAAGCGAUAAUACAAUAUACAAUGGAAAAGCACGUACAAAGCUUCAUAGGAAUCGUACACAUACUGUACAUAGUGGUAUUCCUGUACUCCCUCUAUCAAUAGAGCAAGAUAUGGCCCGACUACUGUCAAAUGGUGCUACUUCAUCAUCAGCAACUGGUCGAAAAAUGUUAUCAAAUAGACGUGCUAAAUCUUUAGAUAGCAUUGUUAUAGUCGAUAGCGAACCACCAUCACCGCGUUGUCCUUCUCCAACACCAAGCAGUGGAGUUGAUAGUAACAAGGAUAGUCCAAUACAGAUAGAAAAUAUUGACGGCAGUAGUAUCGAUACAAAUGAUGCAUCAGAAAGGAGAUCUGUUAUGGCUGGAGGCGGAGUUCGCGGAUGGUUACCUGAUGUCGCGGUCGUAUUAUGGCGUCGUAUGUUAUCAGCAUUGGGAGAUGUAAAUAACAUUCAAGAUCCUACUCUUCACGGACAAGUUAUGGAUUACCUUGUUCAACUUACGCAGACACUUAUAAAAAUUCGCUUGAAUCAAGGUGUAUCUGGAGAUAAUCAGGCAACUCCACCAGCUCCAGAACUUAUACCUCCAUUGACAGUCAUUGCUCCAUGGUGUUUCAAGGCGAUACAGCUUCCUAGUCAAUAUGAAGUUGGUAAAUUGGCAGCCUAUCGUUUGAUCUGUCUUUUAACAGUUCAACCACAAGAUAUUAAUUUACCAAAACAGCACUUAACUCUUUUUUAUCGUGCAGUCCAUAGUGGCAUUGUUAGUAAUGAUAAUAAAGUAUUACAUGUACUGGUCAAAUAUACCGGUCCUAGAUUAUUCAGUUUGAAUCUUCCUGGAUCUAGUCUUUUAAUUUUGGAUUAUAUUCAUGCUGCUAAUGUAAUACUGAGUAGUCAAGACAUUGAGGCACCAAGAACUGAAGCUGUAUCAAUAAUUGGAUCAUUACUGUCAUUACCAGCUACUACAAUUAAAUUACCUGUAUUGCAGCCUACUGCAACUGAUAUUGUGACUAUGACAUGUCCAGAUGCAAAAGAGCAUAUAAUCACGAUCCUUUUAAAAAGUUGUAGACGAGAACCAACUGGUAUUGCAAGAUGCAUAGCUCUUUCAAGUAUUGCUAUGUUUAUAUAUAGAGAAUUGUGUUAUAAAAAUCAGCAUUCAAGGAUUCCAGAAGCUGUUACUGUUCUUCUUUUGGCACUUAAACGGAUACAAGGAGCAAAGCGUCGCAGAGCUGGUUUCUAUUAUCCACUAAUGGAUCAGGCUAGUCAUGCUACUGUUGCUCAAGUGGCAUGUGACUCUCUUCUGUUGUUAUGUGAUAAAGCAGACAUCUUAUUAGAGUUGUAUCCAAAUGUGCCAUGUAAAAUAAUUCAAAUUUUAUCGGAAACACUUGGAUAUAUGAGUACUCGAGAAAGACGCGGUCCUUUGACGAUAUCAAUGUUGUUUUGUUUAGGCGAAUGGGCUAUGCAUCUUGGUCCAUCCGUUUUAUUACGUGUAUUUCAAGAAAAACCUCUCUUAAUGACUUUAUUUACAGUUUUGGAUAAUAUAGUACAAGAUAAAAUUGAUAAAGAUGCACCACAAACAAAUAAAAAUGAAGAUGAAGAUGAUGAUUUUGAUCCUGAUAUUACUUUGGACAAUUUAGCUGACGAAGUCUGUGCAAAAUCACCUCGACGAGGCAAUAUUCAGUCUGUUCAAUUAGCAGCAAAGAUGGUAAUGAUGCAUUUAAUAAAUCAUUUGGGACAUUUUCCAAUGGGUAUUGGAGCUGCAAGAUUAUCUUCAUUAGUUGUUGAAUUAGAUGAUGUACCAGGAAUCGAUGGAGAUGAACUAUCUUCUGCAAUUUUUCAUGCACCAAAUAUACAAUUGUUAAUGUUAUCAAAUUCUGUAAUAAUGUCACUUGUUGAGUUAGCAGCAUUAGAUGCACCUGGAGGAGGUGUUACUGCAGGAUUAACAACUGCGCCAUCAUUAGUAAGAGUAUUAUUGCGAGAUCUUGCAGGAAAAGCAUCUUGGGAUAGUUCCAUUUUAUAUAGUCAACCAUUUAUCGACAAUGAUGUGCCGGUAGCAUUUACGAAACAUGUUGAAUGGAAAACAAAAAUACCUGGAGAAGAUUUAAGCAGUGUUAUAACAUCUCAAAUUUGUACACCUCGACAUACAAUAAGGCAUCGUGAACCUCAUAUAUUGCCUACGUUUGCAAAUGCUGCAAGUGAUAUGGAUAAUUUAGAUGAUCUCUUACAAUAUAUAGGAUAUACAAGCCCAGAAGUAUUAACUAAUCCAGAAAUAGCUCUAAAUGCACCUGCUAAUCCUCCGCAAGGUCAUUAUCUUGAAAGUGAAACCAUUGCCACAAUUCUCAGCCAAAGAAAUGCUGAACAAGAGCAUAUCAAUAAUUGGAGUCAACACAUCAGUAUGUGUGCAUCAGCAAUAAGUCCACCACCGUGUCGUCCUCCUCCAGCACCGUUUCAUCACUGCCGUCUUUUGUUUUCGCACUUGGGUUUAUCUGGAUGGGAGCAACGUAGAAAAUUGCAUUUAUUAUCCAAAAAUGAAAAACUUUUACGAGAAUUACGAAAUCUCGAUAGUCAACGAUCCAGAGAAACACAUAAAAUAGCAGUGAUUUAUGUUAGUCAGGGACAAGAAGAUAAAAAUUCUAUAUUGAGUAAUAUCACUGCUAGUAAAGAAUAUGAAAACUUUAUUGCAAGAUUGGCUUGGGAAGUUGAACUUGAAUCACAUACAGGUUUUCUUGGAGGUCUUGUACCUGGAAAAGCAUCUGGGGUUACAGCACCAUAUUUUGCAACAUCUUUUACAGAAAUUCUUUUUCAUGUAGCAACAAGAAUGCCUUCGGAUAGUCCCGAGAGUUUAUUACAAAAGACACGACAUCUUGGUAAUGAUGAGAUUCAUAUAGUUUGGUCUGAACAUUGGAGAGAUUAUCGUCGGGAUAUUAUACCAACUGAAUUUUGUGAUGUUUUAAUAGUAAUUUAUCCAUUACAUAAUAAAUUAUAUAGAAUUCAAAUUUCUCGAAAGCCAGAAAUUCCAUUCUUUGGACCUCUCUUUGAUGAAUGCAUUGUUGAAGAUAAAGUUUUACCUGGAUUAGUAAGAACAACAGCAUUAGCAGCAAGUAGAGCAAAACGAUCUACACUUACAUUAUAUCAACAUUAUUAUGAAGAAAGAGCGAGAUCUAUUGAUACUGUUAUGAGAAACCACAAAGAAGCUACUACAUUUGAAGAAUUUACAGCUAAUGUAUAUUCACCAGUACAGCCACCAAGUCCAUUCAGUGGAGCUUCUUCUAUAUCUGGAUCUACAACAAGCGUGCAAUCCACAGCAUCGUCAAAUCUCGCAGCAGCGCUUAUAGAUUCACAUCAGGGUCGAUCUGGCCUACGAAGUUCUUCAGCAGCAAGCAGUGAUAAUCGCGCGAAUAGAGUCUUACACAAUUUAUUCAGAGUUUCUGAUGGGAGCAGAGUAUGGUUUAGUAAUGAUACUCCUGACAGUACAGCAUUUCAUGGAAUAUCUCCCAGACCUGUGAAAAAGAUGUCAUUUAAAACUGGACCGAAACAGAGAGCGAAUACUCAACCCACGCCUCCCGAUAGUCCAAGAUAUAAAUAAGGAGUUUUGUAUCAGUAUCAUAAAAAAAGAACAUUUUUUGCACAAGUGGUUGUUUGGGCAUAUCCUAGUUAUUGUAAUUUAAGAAUUCUUUAGGAUGCUAUGAUAUGUUACAAUAACAAAAAAUGCUAAGCCACUGUUUUUAUGCAUUGAAAAAUAGUAUGUGCAUAAGGAAAAUAAUGGUUUAAAUAUUUCACUAUUUUAAAAUGACAAAAGAAUUCAAUGGGCGUCGAACAUCCGAUUAGUCUUAGCGUUUUCUGUUUUCCGUCCUUAGGUUUAAUUUUUAUAUUAAAUGUACAGAUCGUUGUUUAUUUGUUGCAACGGGAAUAUUAUAAUUAAUUUAUUGGAACAUAAAUAUAUAAAAAGAUUUAAUGGAUUGUAGGUAAUACAAUAGCAAAAUAUUUGUUAUAUAUUUUAAUUAGUGUCACAUGACAACUAUUUUCAUUGUACAGUACUUUCGUAAGAUCAGUUUACUCUUGUACUUGAAUAAGUAAGCUUAUAUAAUUAAUAUUGAUUAAAGCUUCUAUCUUAAUUUAUAUCGAAGAUAACGAAUGUCCUCGAUGUAACACGAUCCUCGAUGUUUUAUAUAUAUAUAUGCCUUGAUAUAAAAAAUUAUUUUAUUUCUUGUAAUGUAGUAAGAUGAAAAAAAUGAACAUGAUUACCAUAUUAUUAUAAAAUACGUCUAUAUAGAUGUUGAAUAAGAAUCAAAUGUUAUUUUUUAAUAACAAAGUUUUAUGAAUUACACAAUACAAAUAUUAUAUCUCUUAGAUACUCAAUAAGUUAAUUUCAUCUAAAUGUUGAUAAAAUUUCAAAUUAACAUCUCUUGAAUUUUAGUGAUGAUAAUUAACUGCAAUCUUUUAAAAAAAAAUCUAUUAGUGUAUUACAUUCCAUAUAAAUGAUCUUUUCUAUAUAUUUUCUCCAUAAUUUCAAUUAAAUUUUGAUUAUAUCUCUAUGGAUAAUUGAAACAUUCCAUACACAUUUUAUAUAAUAUAUAAUUUGACAAUUUUUCUUGAAAUAAAACAAAAAUACAGGAGAAUUAUUUUAGUUCGUAUACAUUAUAUAAAAGAAAUUAAUUAAUAGAAGAAAUCAAUUAGGGAACAGUUUUUGUUGUUAGGUACACAUAUUUGGUGCUUUAUAAUAUUUGUAAAAUAGAAAUAUUUUAAAUACUGUGUCAAAACGUAUUAUUCUGAAUAAUAAAAUUAUAAAGAUAUAAAAAAAAAACAAAAAAAAAUGAAAUCGAAAAGAAUUUUGAAAGUAAACAAAAUAAUUUAAAAACGAAUAUGAGUAUUGAAUAUCAGUAAAUUUAUUUGCUUCAGAAAAGAUUUAUCUUGAACACAGUGAUAAUAAUCAAAGUAUUAUACCAGUCGUCGCUGUCGAUAAGUAAACGAAAUUUUAGAGAAAAGAUUAUAUAUUAUAUUGUGGUGAAUAUAUUGAAUACCAUAUUCAGAUGUUGAGAUUGUAAUAAAUAUACAUUUCAAGUUUUUUGACCAUUUUGAGGAUUAUCCGAUAAACCGCAUUCGAAUGUAGGUAUUUAGCAACGAAGUUGUAGGUAAAUAAUAAUUACCAAUAUGCAGACCAUGGCCAAAGCAGCAUUAUUUUUUCACUAAUUUAUAACAAAGUAGAUUGAGAAGAAAAGCCGUGUGUAUAUGUAUUGUACAUAAAUUGUUAAGUACAUGAAUGACGUUGAAGUCAUUGAAUGGAAAUUAUUCUCUGCGAAACAUGAUAUUGCUAUGUUAUUGAACAAAAAAAAAUUGAUUUAUAUAUAUAUAAAUAUAGAAAAGAGAAAAAAACUUAUUACAAUCUUGCGUAAGAAUGCUUUUACAAAUCGUAUUUAAAUACAUUGUAUUUAAUUAUCUAUCUUUAUUGGUGUCAUUAUAACAAUGACUCAUUAUUAUUUAUAUUAUAAAUAUACAAAUUACUGUUAACAUUAUUAGCGCAACACUAAACUAUUUUUCUUACUGUAAUUACUUACGGUAAUUACGCUACAUUUUUAAAAUUAAAUUUAUCAAUUAUAAACUGUAAGAAAGAAAGAAGUUCGGAGAAAUAUUUCUGUAAUAGUUAAUACUGUAAAGCUUAUUCUGUUAAAGUAACUGAAAUUAGAAUUUAUAUUACUAAAAUUAAUUUGUUCUACAUAUAAGUUUGUUAUUUGUUUGUUAAUUUUUUUUUUUACAAAUUGACAUAAUCAAAUCAUCUAUAUGUGAAAAAAUUAUUAAAAUCACUUAAAAAUAUUAUUCAUGCAAAAUAAUCUAAAUCAUACAAAUCUUUAUCUCUUUACUUAAAUGUCAUUUUGUUUCUUGACGAUUUAAAAUAGAGACGUGUACAAAAAGUACGAAUUUGAUUUGUUAUUUAUAUAUCGAUAUAAAGCAGAGUUAAUAUAUACUAUAUACAUAUAUAGUAUUUAUUUCAUAUAAUUCUGAGGAUUAUUAUAUAUUAUUCUCUAACUUUUUUGUGAAAUAUAGAAUUGCAUAGAUAUUUUCUUGUUUGUUAAAAAAUAAAAACAAAAUUGAAAUUGUUUUAAAUCAUUAGUCUAAUGGGAACAUCAUUGAAAUUUAUGAUAAUUAAACAAUUUUGUAGUGCCAUUUUGCGGCUCUUAAAAUAAUAAAUAGAAUUUCUGAAAAUUUUAAUAAAAUUCUAUACAAUAAAUAUUACAUAAUUAAUUCGAAUUCAUUAAAAACAUUUAUAAAAUUUAGUAGCAAUAUAGAACAUAGUAAUUAAAUAGAAAAAAAAUGAAAUUAUAUGUUAUGUAAUUUUUUUGUAGAAACUAAUAUUCGGAAUUGACUUAAUAUAUGAUUCUUCUGUAAAUUCGUUAUCCAAAGAUCUAACAUCGUACUGAUUGUACGAUCACUGCGAUGGAAUGUACAUUUUACUGCACAAUAAAAUUAUGAUGAUCAAUUUCAAAAAA